GAGCGAGUCGACAGACUUCUUCAACGCGGCUUUGUUUCGGUGAUCGCCGGCGGAUGCGGGGCAGCCUAUAAAGGCUUCACCCUUUCCGCCUUUAUCCGUCCCUUUCAGGCCCAUCCGACGGCACCGCACCAAUAUUUUUCUAGAUAUCAUUUAUUGUUAUUAUUUAUAUAUUAUUAUUUAUUAUUUACUUAAUAUUUUUUUUACGUUCUCUCUCGCCUUCCCUGUGAUCUCCCGUGCCUCUGCCCUUUUGCGCCCCUACUCUUUCCUCUUCGGCGUUCCCAUUUUUUAAUUCCGUGGUGGGGUUCGUCGCGGGGGGCCGCCGCCGCCGCCUCCGCGCCGCCGCAUUGGGAAAAGGGGUUGAGACAAUGGGGCGUAUCUCCGGGAUGGCGAGAGGAGAAGGGUGAUACAUCUUCUCUUUCUUCGAACAAGGAAAGUAGGAUAAAGAGAGGGAGAGAGAGAAAGGAGAGAGGCGGGGUUAGAAGGGAGAAGAGCAUGUGUGAUUUGGUGGCCCGCACGGGUCGACAUCAGCAGCGAUACGAGGCCGGUUGUCGCCUUGUCGCCGGGUGUAUACCGUUCAAAUAUAGAAAGUGUGAUGAAAGUUGUGGCUCUAAGCCUAAGAAGAUUGUUGAAGUUCUUAUGAUAAAUUCACAAAGUGGACCAGGCCUUCUGUUUCCAAAGGGAGGGUGGGAAAAUGACGAAACCGUUGAAGAGGCUGCUUUAAGAGAAGCUCUUGAAGAAGCAGGAGUUCGAGGGGAUAUAAUGGAAUUUUUGGGAUUCUAUUAUUUCAAAAGCAAAAGUCAUCAAGAUGAGUUUUGCCCAGAUGGCCUGUGCAAAGCUGCAAUGUUUGCUAUGCAUGUCACGGAGGAGCUUGGCUCAUGGCCAGAACAGAGCAUGCGCCAGCGGAGAUGGCUUAGCAUUCCUGAAGCUCUGGAGCAAUGUAGGUAUCCAUGGAUGCAGGUAGCUCUUCUGGAGGGAUUCUCAAAGUGGCAUGCCGGUACCGUGAUGAGUGCUGAAGAGAAUGAUCCUGGAACCAUCAGUUCGACCCCAGCAAGAUGACCCAGCUCUGAGAAUACCAGACUAUUUUUUUCCCUUUUGUUUCUUAAAGAUGCAAAAACAACACCAAUCUCGAGAUGUUUACUUUUCGACCUCUUGUUAGUUGAACAUGUACUGCUGACUUUGGAUCUAUCAGCACAAUGUUUUUUUCCUUUUGUUUUAAGAAGAAACAGCAACAACACCAGUGCUCUUCUGAUGUGUAACCGUUUGACAACUUCUUAAUAGUUGGCCUUGUACUGCCUGGCUUUUGAUUUUUCUGCAUUUAGUGAGUUUACGGUCUGAAGGAUAUUUCCAUUUUCUUUUAAAAAAAAGUAACAAUCUGAGGGAUAUGCCUUUUGCCCUCCA